UAGGAAUAAAAUGGAGACUGGAUCGAGACACAAGAGCAAAUACAAGUACCUUGAUGGUAAACCAUUCAAAGAGAAGUUCACUAACCUUCUUGUACCAAAUGCCACUGACAGUAAAUUCGUGGAUACAAACGGAUUCUUCACUGCUAUGCCUUGGAAAGCCAAAGGAGGUGGUCAACUAGCUAUUAUGAAAGUAGAUGAUUACAAAAAGUUCCAUAUCAAUGAUCCUAUGCUUAAGGGGCACUUGGCACCCAUCUCAGCAUUUGAGUUCAACCCAUUUGUUGAUACAUUCCUCGCGACAGCUUCUGAAGAUGGUACUUCUAUGUUGUGGAAUAUACCAAUUGAAGGUCUAACAGAGGAUUUGAAGGAGCCAAACGCUACAUUGUAUGGGCAUAGCAAGAAGAUUACCCACCUCACCUUCAAUCCUACAGCCAGCAAUGUUAUGCUGACUGCCUCCUUCGACAAAGACAUUAGGAUAUGGGAUGUUAGCACUGCUAAAGAAGCAUUACACAUACCAGAUGUGAUUGGACAACCAACAUCUAUCGAAUGGAAUUACGAUGGAUCCUUGGUGGCUGCAGCAAAUAAAAAUAAGUCUCUCUAUAUCUUAGACCCAAGAGACCCAAGUGGAGAGACUCAUGUGGACAAAGCUCAUAAUGGACCAAAGCAACUCAAGGUUUGCUGGCUUGGCUCAAGCAACAAGCUUCUCACUACAGGAACCAACAAGCAGAUGUUCAAAGAAUUAGGAGUUUGGGAUACCAGAGAUCUCUCCAGCCCCUUAAAAAUUAAGAAGGAUGACAAGAUUCUAGAAGUAGUUGAACCCUUCUUCGACGAUGACAAAAACCUUGUCUUCACUGCCACCAAAGGAGAGAGAAGAGUCAACAUGUGGGAGCUCGCUGAUGAUGACGAAGUCAUUCACAAGAUCAGCUCUUGGACAGGAGAGGGAUGCCAUAGAGGAUUCAACCUUUUCCCUAAAAGAUUUGUUGAUGUCUAUUCUUCAGAGUUUGUCAGAGCAGUUAGACUUACAGAAGACUCAUGUGAAUACGUAUCAUUCGGACUCCCAUCUAAGCAAGGAGCAUUCGUCUCUUCCCUAUAUGGACAGUGCAGUAGCGGAAACAACACAUGUGACAUUGCAGACUGGAAAGAAGGUAAAAGUGCAGCCCCAGAUCUUGUCGAUAUCAACCCAGACCUUCUAAGUUCACUCCAGCUCAGAACAUCAGAUGGAGUCAUUGUGAGCACAAAUGAUGAAGAAGAGGAAAAAGAUGAAGUUGCUGAUCUUGCACCAACUGAAAGCACAGAGGACAACAAAGCAAACUAUCUCAGAAAAAUCACAAAGUUAGAAAACAGACUCAGAGAAGUAGAAGAAGCUCCAAAGGAAGAUUCUGAAGAAGUCAAAAAGCUCAGACAAGAUAAUGAAGAUCUCCAAGACAAAAUCGAUGAGCUAGAAUCUAGAAUUAGUGAUAUGGAUGAUUCUCAUAAGCAAAGAGAGGAAGAGCUACAAAAGAUUAUUCAAGAGAAGGAGGAUGAAAUUCAGAGACUUCUUCAAAACCAGACUCAAGCAACAUAUCAAGCUAAUGAUACAUAUCAGUCGAAUGAGGUUCCCCAGACUACUGAUUCAUAUCAAGCACAGGAUCAUCAUCAAGAGCUACAGGAUCACCAUCAAGAGCUGCAGGAUCACCACCAAGAGCAACAGGAUCACCAUCAAGAGCUGCAGGAUCACCAUCAAGAGCAACAGGAUUACAAUGCUGAAGGAGACAACUAUGCUGGUCAGCCAGCUCAAGAGACUUACAAUGAACAGCCAUACGAUGCCCCAGUUCCUUCUGACCCAAAAGAUGAUUCAGAUGAUAACGAGUUUGAUUAACCUCCAUCAUGCCUUCCAAAUAAAUAUUAUCAGGAAUUUC